AUGUCGAUCAUGGAUUGUAUGAAUUCGGUAGAUUCUUCACCUCCAGUAGUGCAAAAGUCUGCAAAUGACUUGAGAGAAUAUAAAGUGAUGCGUUUACGCAAUAGGAUGAAAGUGCUUCUUAUAAGUGAUCCGGAAACAGAUAAGUCUGCAGUGUGUUUAUCUGUGAACAUUGGUUCACUGUCGGAUCCGAAAGAACUGCCUGGUCUCGCACACUUUUGUGAGCAUAUGUUGUUUCUUGGUACGAAAUCAUUUCCAACAGAAAAUACCUAUUUGAAGUACAUAACCGAUCAUGGUGGUCACUGUAAUGCUUUUACGAGUCCAGAUAGAACUUCUUAUGUGUUUGAUGUUGCACCUGAAAGUUUGAAGGGUGCGUUGGAUAUUUUCUCACAGUUCUUCAUCUGCCCUCUUUUCACCGAUUCAGCAACAGAACGUGAGGUGAGUGCUGUACAGUCGGAACAUGAGAAGGACAUUAGUAAUGAUACUAGACGUCUUUUUCAGCUAGAGCGAAGCUUGUCAAAAAGUGGUCAUGAUUAUACGAAAUUCCUUUCUGGUAAUCGAUACUCUUUAUUUGAGUCCAGUUGUGCACAAUCGGUGAAUACACGCGAAAAGUUGUUGCAAUUCUAUUCAACAUGGUAUUCGUCAAAUGUGAUGGGACUAGUUAUCCUUGGAAGAGAAUCCAUAAAUGACCUAGAGAAACUUGCAGAAGAUAAGUUUUCGGAAGUUAUUGAUCGUAAUGUUGUGCAACCAUCAUGGAACGAUACUCCAUGGCCUGAUAUAUGUCUCAAGAAAAUGGUAUAUGUCGUCCCACUGAAUGACGUCCAUCAAAUGAAUAUAAUGUGGCCUAUUCCUGACUAUAUUCCAGAUUAUACAGCUCAAGCCCCUAGUUAUGUGACUCAUUUACUUGGUCAUGAAAGCCGCGGAAGUUUACUGAGUUUAUUCAAAAACGCAGGCUGGGCUAAUCGAUUAGCAUGCGGAGUUAGUAGGCCAGCAGCUGGGAUCUGUUCUUUGAUUUUGUCUAUUGAUUUAACUUUAAAAGGACUUGAUAAAACUGAUGAAAUUAUGACAAAUGUAUAUCAAUACAUUAACAUGCUUCGCUCUGAUGAACCACAAAAGUGGAUAUUUGAUGAAGAACAGGCUUUAUGUCAAUUAAACUUUCGAUUUAAAGACAAAGAACCACCUUAUGAAUAUGUUACUGGAUUAGCCGGUAAUCUAUUGCUUUAUGACAUGCAAGAUGUUCUAACCGGUUCUUUCUUGGCAACUGUCUAUGAUCCAGAUUUAAUUAAAAAAAUCUUAAGUUGUUUAACGCCUGAUAAUAGCCGCGUCUUUCUAGUCAGUCAGAAGUUUACAGAUAAAUGUGUGGAGGAAGAACCCUGGUAUCAUACUAAAUACCUUGCUGUUAAUAUUCCUGAAAAUACCUUGUCAGCAUGGCGAAAUAGUUCUUCUAAUCCAGAAUUGAGAUUCCCUGAGCCAAAUUCAUUCAUUGCUACUGAAUUCGAUCUGGUGCAAAACAAAUGCCCCACGAAUGUUGAAAUGCCAGAAUUAUUAAUUGAAACAGAGAUGUCUCGUAUUUGGUACUUUCAAGAUACAGAAUUCAAUCUUCCCAAAGGUUUUAUCACAUUUCAUAUUGUCAGUCCAUUUGCAUUUUUCGAUCCUUUUCAUACAUCACUUGGUUUAAUAUACGCAAACUUAUUUGAGGAUCAUAUUAACGAACUAACAUAUUCCUCUAUGCUUGCUGGAAUGACUGUUUAUGUGAAGCACACUGUUGAAGGUAUCAAGCUAUCAUUUUUAGGAUAUUCGCAUAAAUUGAAAAGUUUUGUCAAAGAAAUCGUAACAAAAUUUGUGAAUUAUUAUCAACCAGUUACUGACCGUUUCGAAUGUAUUCGUGAGAAUAUGUCUCGAGAGUUUUCCAAUUUCUCAAUGAAACCAGCUUAUCAACAGUCCGGUGCAUAUUUAACAAGUCUUAUUUCAGAUCAUUCUUGGAUCAGUGAUGAUUUUGUGCGCGCUUUUAAAGAGGUUACGUACGAAAGGUUAAUUAAUUUCAUCAUGGAAUUUCAUGAACGCAUUUUUAUUGAAGGCCUUAUCUAUGGAAAUAUCACUGAAGAGGAUGCAAUAAGUUAUCACGAAAUGGUUCGGGACUUGUUGGUACAAAAGAUGAAUUCUAAACCACUUUUACUGUCUCACAUCUUAACCUCUCGAGAAGUAAUAAUUCCUGAAGAUUCCAGUUUUCUUUAUCAACGAUAUAUUUCUGGUCAACCGGCUUCUGCGAUUUACUAUUAUCUUCAAUGUGGUGAACAAUCUACGUUUAAUGAUACAUUGCUUAAUUUGUUUUGUCAGAUUGUCAGCGAGCCUGUUUUCAAUAAAUUACGUACCGAACAACAAUUGGGUUAUAUUGUACAGGCUGGACUUCGACGAUCCAACAAACUACAGGGUUUUCGCAUUUUAGUGCAAUCAUCUUAUCAUCCUAAUAAAAUUGAUAAAUGUAUCGAAGAAUUUCUACUUACUGUAAAUAAAAUGCUAGAAGACAUGUCUGACGAAGAAUUUAAUGUUCAUGUGCAAUCCCUCAUGACACAUUUACUGGAAAAACCGAAAGGUAUGCAAGAUCGAUUUGGGCGUUUAUGGUCUGAAAUUGCUUGUCGACAUUAUAAUUUCAAACGACAUUUACAUGAAGCCGAUGUCCUGAAAUCGCUGAAAAAGAAUGAUGUUAUCGAUUUCUUUAAAAAGUAUAUGGAUCCAUCAUCAUGUAGAAGGAGAAAAUUAACAGUUCGUGUAUUAUCAAACGAAGAACAUUCCUGUGAUUCGGAAUACAAUAAUCAUGAUGAGAAGGUAAUUGUUUUAAAGGAUUACACCGAAUUGAAACGUUGUUGUCCUUUGAGCGCUUUAGCGAGACCAUUCAUGGUGUUCACAUCCAAAUGUGAAGGAAACGUAUUGCGAUUUUAA